GAGCCAACAGCGCGCAGCUCGCGGCCCGGGCCGGAGGCCAGGCGCGGCCGGGGCAGGGCCAGACGCCAGGCGUGGGGCAUGCGCCCCCCGAGUGGGCCCUACGCCCCCCGAGCGGACCCCGCUUGGUUUCUGCAGACACGUGAAUGAGCCAACCGCCAGCCGCCGCACCCCAGUGCCCAGUGUGAGAAGGAGGCGGCGUCGCCCGCCUGCCGCUGGCAUGCCCCGCCAGCCCUGAGCCUGAGCCCGGCGGCCCCCGCCCCUGCCCCCCGCCACCCUGCACUGCCCCGGCUCCCCCGCGGCCCCCACACUGCAGUGCGGACGGGCCCCCUCCCCCCAGGGGCCGCCCCCGCCGCCGCCCCGCCCUGGUGCCCGGGGCGGCCCGGCCCGCAGGGCCAUGAAGCUGCAGGCCGUGAUGGAGACGCUCCUGCAGCGGCAGCAGCGGGCACGCCAGGAGCUGGAGGCCCGACAGCCACCGCCGCCACCCCCCGAGCUUUCGGCCGGCCCCCCGGCCCGUGCCAGGGCCGCCCCGGACGAGGACAGGGAGCCCGAGAGCGCCCGGAUACAGCGGGCGCAGAUGGCCGCGCUGGCCGCUAUGCGAGCCGCCGCCGCCGGCCUCGGCCACGCGCCCAGCCCCGGCAGCUCUGAGGAUGGGCCCCCCGGCUCAGAGGACGAGGACGUGGCCCCAGAGGGGGCACCAGGCUCUCCCCCCGCACCCGGCCGAGGCAGGGAGGCGGCUGGCCUCCCCGAAGGUGACGGCCACUUCGAGGGCUCCGACGAUGACCUGAAGCCGAAGUGGGAGGAGGAAGAGGAGGAGCUGGAGGAAGAUCUGGGGGACGAGGACGAGGACGAGGAUGAGGACGAGGACUACGAGGACGAGGAGGGGCUCGGGCCCCCGGGCUCCGCCGGCCCGGGCCCUGCAGCCCUGUUCCCCCGCAAAGCCCAGCCGCUCCAGGCCUUCCGUGGCGACGGCGGGCCCCGGGCUCUGGGCGGCCAGGAGCGCCCGGGGGCUGGCCUGGCCCUCCCCGGAGGGGCUGCCCAGGCGGUGCCCCAGCUGCAGCCGCCGGACCACGGGGACUGGACGUACGAGGAGCAGUUCAAGCAGCUCUACGAACUGGACGGGGACCCCAAGAGGAAGGAGUUCCUGGAUGACUUGUUCAGCUUCAUGCAGAAGCGAGGGACGCCCGUGAACCGCAUCCCCAUCAUGGCCAAGCAGGUGCUCGACCUGUUCAUGCUGUACGUGCUGGUAACGGAGAAGGGCGGCCUGGUGGAGGUCAUCAACAAGAAGCUGUGGCGAGAGAUCACCAAGGGCCUCAACCUGCCCACGUCCAUCACCAGCGCCGCCUUCACGCUGCGCACCCAGUACAUGAAGUAUCUGUACCCCUACGAGUGUGAGAAGCGUGGCCUCAGCAACCCCAAUGAGCUCCAGGCAGCCAUCGACAGCAACCGGAGGGAGGGCCGGCGCCAGAGCUUUGGUGGCUCCCUCUUCGCCUACUCACCGGGCGGGGCCCACAGCAUGCUCUCCUCGCCCAAGCUCCCUGUGUCCUCCCUGGGCCUGGCCGCCAGCACCAACGGCAGCUCCAUCACCCCAGCCCCCAAGAUCAAGAAAGAGGAGGACUCGGCCAUCCCCAUCACGGUCCCCGGCCGCCUGCCAGUCUCCCUGGCAGGUCACCCUGUGGUGGCAGCCCAGGCAGUAGCGGCCCAGGCGGCCGUGGCGGCCCAGGCAGCCGCCCUGGAGCAGCUCCGGGAGAAGCUGGAGUCUGGGGAGCCUCCUGAGAAGAAGAUGGCCCUGGUGGCAGAGGAACAGCAGCGGCUCAUGCAGCGAGCGCUACAGCAGAACUUUCUGGCCAUGACGGCCCAGCUGCCUAUGAGCAUCCGGAUCAACAGCCAAGGCUCCGAGAGCCGCCAGGACUCAGCUGCGAACCCUACCAGCACCAAUGGCAGCAACAGUAUUAGCAUGUCAGUAGAGAUUAAUGGAAUCAUGUACACAGGAGUGCUGUUCGCCCAGCCGCCGGCCCCCACGCCACCCUCAGCUCCCAGCAAAGGCGGAGGUGGCAGCAGCCGGGGAGCAAACAGCGGGACCAGCGGCAGCGCAGCCAGCCAGGCGGGGCCAGCAGGGUUGUCUGCACCCCCCGCAUCUUCUACCUCAAAUAACUCAUUGCCUUAACCGCUACACUCCUCACCCUGGGAGCCCACCAGACGGGUCAGGGGGUCCAGGUGGGCCAAGCAGGGGCUGGGAUGGCGGGAGAUACGGGUGGGGAGGGGAGGUAUCCACAAAGGAGCGACAGCUGACGCCAAAAAGAAAAGAAAAAAUAUAUAUACAUAUAUAUAUAUAUAUAUAUAUAUAUAUAAAGAAAAUUUAAUAAAACAGGGGAAAACCAAGGAACACUUGAAUUACUCAGGUUUUGGACAUUCAGAGAGAUGAAUUGUGAGAACAGCAAAGGAAAUUAGAAACAAGAGAGGCUAAUGUCUCCUAGGGCUUUCCUGCAGCCCUGGCAGACCCACAUGGACUGGUGUCUGGUUUGGACAGGCCAAUCCUGUUUACCUCAUACAUCCCUGCACUGUGUUUUUUCAUUUUUAUCUGUUUUUUUCCCUUUUUUUUUUUUCCCUCUUCAUCACACUCACCACACCCAGCUCCUUGCGUUGAAUGAAACCCCUGAGCCAAGAUCAGUUGAAUUUUUUUUCUUGUUGCUUUUGGGAACUUUUUUUUUUUUUUAAAGAAAUAGUGAACUUCAAAGUCUGUAGGGUUUUUAAGAGGUUUCGGGGGUUUUGUUUUGUAAAUAUUCUAUUUUAUUCUUGGGGGAGGAAUCAAACCUAGGAAAAGGAUAUAUAUAUCUAUAUAUUUGUGUUCAUUCAGGGAAACUGGACUUGAAAAAGCAAAAAAAAAAAAAAAAAAGAAAAAAAGAAAAAAAAGAAAAAAGUAAUACCCUUUUUAUUUUUCCCAUGACUGAUUUGGGUUCGGUUGUGCAUUUCCUUUGGCGCAGUGGGCAGCUGGCGGGCCCAGGACACUGAAUCCCUGGGCUAGAGUCAGCAGAGCCAAUGAACUCAGGUGCUGUGGGCCGGGCUGGGGUAGGGGCUGCAUGCCAGGGGUCCGCGGGAAAGGGGAGCAGGAAUGCUGAAUGGUAGACAUCACCGUACUUGUUCUUACUUCAUGCGGGGCUCCUCAGUCAGGAACCCCAAAGUCUUAACUCGAAAGGAGAAAUUGCUGGGAGGGGGUUCACCUGUCAGCCCCAGGCUCCUGUCUCAGGGAUGAAUACGGCCUGGGGACUCCCUUGCCUGAAAGGGCUGCUUUUGGAGACUUGUCCAUGCCGGGGACAGGGGUGAGCCGGCCUUAGCUCAGGGCAGGGUUUCUGUGGGGCCACGGCACCCUGAACAUCACCCCCCACCGCAGCAUUUUCAUCUCCUCCACUUUGUCCCUUCGUACUUCCUGGGGGCCCUGCAGUAACUAAAGGAACUAAAUAGAGGCCAAGAAGGGGCCGUGCCCCUCCCUCUACGACCCUGUCCCCUGGGUCAGAAGGUGGGCAUCGGGUGGGGCGCAGCUGGGGGGGCAUUAGUUCAGGGCUGGUGAAGGGCUCCACCAGGCGAGCUGCACAUCCGUCCUAAGCCCAGGCGCAGUUUGGGGUCCCGGGGGACCAGGUGCUGUUGGGUGGGGCCGUAGCUCCCACAAGGUAUCGCUCUUUCACGUUCCUCUGGGGUGGGGUGGGAGGAACUCAGCUGUUCCCAGGGUGAGCCUGGAACCUCUAAUUGGGCCCAGGGAGCCCGGCCUAACGAGCCCGGAGCGGGAGGGCGCCGCCGGCCGCCUCCCGCCUCCCGCCUCCAGCCUCCAGACCCAGGCAUCAUCUUGUUGCCUUGGAGACCGUGAGGGUGGUCCUGAGCUCCCCCCCGCAGUCUCGCUGGGUUUGGGUUUGCCUUGCGGGGCUGAGGUGUUUCUUUGGGAGGGAGCCCGUUUCUUUGGUAUAUCUCAGGGUCGCUGACACCCCCCACCCUUCCAGGAGGGAGUAGCGCUGGACGUGGGGCUUUCUUCCUGCUUUUCCUUCUGGAAUGUUCUCCCGUCCCGUCUCUCACUGCAGUGGCACAAUCAUUGUGGGAGGGGGAUCCUUUUGUCCCCAGACACAAUCUGCCCCCCUCUCGCCAUCACACCCCCAUCUCCCUCUCCUCUCCCCCCACCUGACCGCAGGAGCGUGGGCGGCUGCCCUCUGGCCCCCCCUCCGCCCCCCAUUCUGCCGGCCGCGUGGAUGGGGGCGGUCUCUGCUGCGAGUUUCUUUCUACCUCAGGUCUAACUUUUGAUGCCAAAACCCCCGCCAGGCCGCCCACCCCCACCAGCCCCCAGCCCCCAGCUCAGGGUCCCACCCCCGUGCGUCCUGUUGAGAUCCACGUGUGUCUCGGGGAGCGGGUGUCCUGCAGGAGAGGCGCCUUCCCCCGGGUCUAACUCAGGGUGUGCCUGCAGUGCUGGGCGACGCUGAUGAUUGUAGGGGAUGGGGUGGGGGGGCGUGGGCCCAGGAUGGGGUGAGUCCACCGGCCGUGGAAACGCGAGGGGGGCCCGGGGCCAGCGGGCGCUCAGCCCCCAGGGGGCCCUGCCUCUGACUGAGGCGCCCCCAUCAGCCCCCCGCCCCCGCUCCCAACCCUGCCGCUACCUGUCAGUGGGGGUUUCUGGGGUGCCACUCAGCACCCCUUAUGCAAACCGGGACGGGGAUGGGGGCUGAGUGCUGUUCAUUCCAGAACAGGUGGGGCUUAGCAGCAUGCUGAGGGUGGGGACCCCCAAACUCAGGGUGGAGAGGGGCUCCAGGGGCUCCCCUGCUCUGGAGAUGCUUGUGGAUGGGCUGCUUCUAGAACCUUCCUUGUGACCUCCAAACCGGCCGCAGGGCUGUAGCUGUCCGGCUGGGGGGCGGGCGGGGGGCGGGACGGGGCACGGGGUGGCGGGUUGGUUUGUAAUAGUUGUGUGUUUGUACAGUCACUUUUCUCACUGUUAGCAUUUUUGCCCACUACCAUCCUUUUUUUUCCCCCCCUUAAUUUUGCUUCUUCAUUUUUUCUUGGCAAACGUGACUUCAGCCUUUCAUUCCUGACAUGUGAAAUUUCAGUUUCUCUGGGGUUUGUCAGAGGGCGUGGGGACCGCGCCUGAACUCAGGUUAAAGGGAAAAAAAAAAACUUCUAAUAAAAAGAUGUAAAACUACUCUCUACCUCUGGCCGGGCCCAGCCUGUCGCGCCCUGGCCGCGGCGGGGCAGCCUGUGAUGAUUUAUUUCAGUUUUUGCAGGACAUUCAGGUAUUAAAAGGGAGGGGAAAAAAAAAAAGACCAAAAAAAGAAAAAAAGAAAAAAAAAAAAGGUGUGAUUUUGAAAUUUAAAAGAACACUGAAAGUUUACAUUUUAUAACAUUAUUAUGCAGAUUGUAUUUAAACUUCAGAAAUAUUUAAGACAGUUGUAACCCUGUAAAGCUGAUGAAAUAUUA